AAAGUGGAUUUACUGUUAAGUAAUAUAAGGAAGACAGCCAAUAGUAAAUUAUUAACCAUUGUUAGAUUUCCAAUCUCAACAAAAUGAGUAUUAUUGAACAGAAAAUUCCUCCCACUGAUAACAUGAAUGGGCAUAAAACGCAUCAUUUUGAAGAAAUUGAAAUACCUGUACCAUGGGGCCACGUAAGCGGCAAGAGGUGGGGACCAGUGGAUCAACAACCGAUAGUGGCAAUACAUGGCUGGCAAGAUAAUUGUGGGACUUUUGAUUCCUUGAUCGCAUUAUUGCCACCAGAAGUACCCAUUUUAGCAUUAGAUCUGCCUGGUCAUGGUCAUUCUUCCAGAUAUCCUCCUGGGCAUUUCUAUCAUAUAUUCUGGGAUGGGCUUCUCUUGCUUCGUAGAAUUGUUAAAUUUUACAAGUGGAAUAAGGUGAAACUACUUGGACAUUCCUUAGGAGGAGCAAUAUCAUUUUUAUACGCUGCAUCGUAUCCUGAUGAUGUAGAACUUCUGAUUAGUCUAGAUAUUGCAGCUCCUACUGUAAAAGGGGUCGCGAAAAUUACUCAAGCAACUGGCGAUACCAUCGACAAAUUUUUAAAGUAUGAAAUGCAGGAAUCUAGUAAUAUUCCGUCUUACACAUACGAUGAAGCACUUGACAUAGUAUACGAUGGUUAUAAAGGCUCCAUAACUAAAGAAAGUGCUGUAAUAUUAAUGAAACGUGGAACACGACCCAGUGGUGAACCCGACCGAUAUUGCUUUUCGCGCGAUGUACGAUUAAAGGCUUCCCUUUUGAAUAUGCCAUCCAUCGAUCUAAUGCUUUCCUAUGCAGCACGGAUAAAAUGUGCUUAUCUUAAUAUUCGUGCUGUAAACGGAUUGGUAUACGAUCAAGCCGAACAUUACGAUGACAUUUUAAAUGAAAUAAAAGUAGGUGCAAAGAGAUUCGAAUUUCAUGUGGUGGAAGGAACUCACCAUGUACAUUUGAAUAAUCCUGAAAGGAUUGCAACCAUAAUUACGAAAUUUAUUAGUACUUAACGAUGAAGUAUUUUAGAUGACAUUAGACAGCAGUUGUGGAAUUCAAAAUUAAUUAUGUGCAGGUUACAUUAGAUGUAUUUCCACGUACGUUCGUUUUAGAAAAUCAAUGUAUUCUCUAUGCGUUGUGUACAGAGUUUCUGUUCUUCCGAGAUAUAAUGUAGCUUACACGAUAAAUUUAAUCUAGAAAAGUUACAACGACUUGUAAUGAAAUAUUUAAUAAUUUAAACGCACAAUAGACAUUAUUUAUUUAAAGCAUA